AUGCCCCAUCUUUUCCAGUAUGGAGAUAAAGGUUUAUUCCCUGCUGUCCUGAAUCUUGCUUCUAAUGCACUCAUCAUGACCAAUGCAACAUGUGGAGAAAAAGGACCUGAAAUGUAUUGCAAAUUGGUGGAGCAUGUCCCUGGACAGCCUGUGAGGAACCCGCAGUGUCGAAUCUGCAAUCAAAAUAGCAGCCAUUCUUACCAGAGACACCCAAUUACAAAUGCCAUUGAUGGAAAGAACACUUGGUGGCAGAGUCCUAGUAUCAAGAAUGGAAUCGAAUAUCAUUAUGUGACCAUUACAUUGGAUUUACAGCAGGUGUUCCAGAUUGCAUAUGUGAUCGUGAAGGCAGCUAAUUCCCCUCGGCCUGGAAACUGGAUUUUGGAGCGCUCGCUUGAUAAUGUUGAAUACAGGCCCUGGCAGUACCAUGCUGUGACGGACACAGAGUGCCUGGCUCGCUACAAUAUUUAUCCCCGCACUGGGCCACCGUCAUAUGCCAAAGAUGAUGAGGUCAUCUGCACUUCAUUUUAUUCCAAGAUACAUCCCCUGGAAAAUGGAGAGAUUCACAUCUCUUUAAUCAAUGGGAGACCAAGUGCUGACGAUCCCUCUCCUGAGCUACUGGAAUUUACCUCGGCUCGCUAUAUUCGCCUGAGAUUCCAGAAGAUCCGCACUUUGAAUGCUGACUUGAUGAUGUUUGCUCACAAAGACCCAAGAGAAAUUGACCCCAUUGUCACAAGAAGAUAUUACUACUCGGUCAAGGAUAUUUCGGUUGGAGGGAUGUGCAUCUGCUAUGGUCAUGCCAGGGCUUGUCCACUUGAUCCAGCGACAAAUAAAUCUCGCUGUGAGUGUGAGCAUAACACAUGCGGAGAUAGCUGUGAUCAGUGCUGUCCAGGAUUCCAUCAGAAACCCUGGAGAGCUGGAACUUUUCUGACUAAAACAGAAUGUGAAGCAUGCAAUUGUCAUGGAAAAGCUGAAGAAUGCUAUUAUGAUGAAAAUGUUGCCAGAAGAAAUCUGAGUUUAAAUAUACAUGGAAAAUACAUUGGAGGUGGUGUGUGCAUUAAUUGUACUCGAAAUACUGCUGGUAUAAACUGUGAGACAUGUAUUGACGGCUUCUUCAGACCCAAAGGGGUAACUCCCAAUUACCCAAGACCGUGCCAGCCAUGUCAUUGUGAUCCAGUUGGUUCCUUAAAUACAGUCUGUGUCAAGGAUGAGAAGCAAGCUCGACGAGGUCUGGCACCUGGGUCCUGUCAUUGCAGAACUGGCUUUGGAGGCGUGAGCUGUAAUCGUUGUGCCAGGGGCUACAUGGGUUACCCAGACUGUGUCGCCUGUAACUGCAGUGCCUUGGGGAGCACAAAUGAUGACCCUUGCAUUGGGCCCUGUACCUGCAAGGAGAACGUUGAAGGAGGAGACUGCAGUCGUUGCAAAUCUGGUUUCUUCAAUUUGCAAGAGAAUAAUCCGAAAGGCUGUGAUGAGUGUUUCUGUUCGGGGGUUUCAAACAGAUGUCAGAGUUCCUACUGGACGUACGGCAAGAUACAAGACAUGAAUGGCUGGUAUUUGACUGACAUCUCCGGCCGCAUGCGCAUAGCGCCCCAGCAGGACGACCUAAACGCACCCCAGCAGGUCAGCAUCAGUAACACUGAGGCCCGGCAGGUCCUGCCGCCCACCUACUACUGGAGUGCACCUGCUCCAUAUCUGGGAAACAAACUCCCAGCAAUAGGAGGACAACUGACCUUUACCAUAUCAUAUGACCUUGAAGAAGAGGAAGAAGAUACAGAACGUGCUCUCCAGUUUAUUAUUAUCUUGGAGGGAAAUGACUUGAGAAUCAGCACAGCUCAAGAUGAGGUGUAUCUGCAACCGUCCGAAGAGCAUGUUAAUGUAUUGUUACUUAAAGAAGAAUCGUUCACCAUACAUGGCUCCAACUUUCCAGUCAGUAGAAAAGAAUUUAUGACAGUGCUUGCGAAUUUGAAGAGAGUCCUCCUACAAAUCACAUACAGCUUUGGGAUGGAUGCCAUCUUCAGGUUGAGCGCUGUUGACCUUGAGUCUGCUGUCUCCUACCCUACUGGUGGAAGCACUGCAGCAGCUGUGGAAGUUUGUCAGUGUCCACCAGGAUACACUGGCUCAUCUUGUGAGUCUUGUUGGCCAAAGCACAGGCGAGUUAAUGGGACUAUUUUCGGUGGCAUCUGUGAACCGUGUCAGUGCUUUGGUCAUGCAGAAUCCUGUGAUGACAUCACCGGAGAAUGCCUGAACUGUAAGGAUCACACAGGUGGCCCAUAUUGCGAUAGAUGUCUUCCUGGUUUCUAUGGCGAUCCUACUGAAGGGACCUCAGAUGACUGUCGGCCCUGCGCCUGUCCUCUCAAUAUCCCAUCCAAUAACUUCAGCCCGACGUGCCACUUAGACCGGAGUCUUGGACUGAUCUGUGAUGAAUGCCCUGUCGGGUACACACAACCACGCUGUGAGAGGUGUGCAGAAGGCUAUUUUGGGCAACCUUCAAUACCUGGAGGAUCAUGUCAGCCAUGCCAAUGCAAUGACAACCUUGACUUCUCCAUCCCUGGCAGCUGUGACAGCUUGUCUGGCUCCUGUCUGAUAUGUAAGCCAGGUACAACGGGCCGGUACUGUGAGCUCUGUGCUGAUGGAUAUUUUGGAGACGCAGUUGAUGCAAAGAACUGUCAGCCCUGUCGCUGUAAUGCCAAUGGCUCCUUCUCUGAGAUUUGCCACCCUCGAACUGGUCAGUGUGAAUGCAAAGCCAAUGUGCAGGGACACCGCUGUGACCAAUGCAAGCCUGAAACCUUUGGCCUGCAAUCGGGAAGGGGCUGUGUUCCCUGCAAUUGCAAUUCUUUUGGGUCUAAAUCUUUUGACUGUGAAGAGAGUGGGCAAUGUUGGUGCCAGCCUGGAGUCACAGGGAAGAAAUGUGACCGCUGUGGCCACGGUUAUUUCAAUUUCCAAGAAGGAGGCUGCACAGCUUGUGACUGUUCCCAUCUGGGUAAUAACUGUGAUCCUAAGACUGGCCGAUGCAUUUGCCCUCCCAAUACCACUGGGGAGAAAUGUUCUAAGUGUGCACCCAAAACCUGGGGCCACAGCAUCAUCACUGGUUGUAAGGCUUGUAACUGCAGCACAGUGGGAUCCUUGGAUUUCCAAUGUGAUAUAAAUACAGGCCGAUGCAACUGUCAUCCCAAAUUCUCUGGUGCAAAAUGUGCAGAGUGCAGCAGAGGUCACUGGAACUUUCCUCACUGCAAUCUCUGUGACUGCUUCCUGCCAGGGACAGAUGCGGCAACAUGCGAUUCAGAGACUAAAAAAUGCUCCUGUAGUGAUCAGACUGGGCAGUGCACCUGUAAGGUGCACGUGGAAGGCGUCCACUGUGACAGAUGCCAGCCUGGCAAAUUCGGACUUGAUGCCAAGAAUCCACUUGGCUGCAGCAGCUGCUACUGCUUCGGCACCACAACUCAGUGCUCUGAAGCAAAAGGACUGAUCCGGACGUGGGUGACUCUGACGGCUGAGCAGACCAUUCUACCCCUGGUGGAUGAGGCACUGCAACACACAACUACCAAAGGCAUUGCCUUUCAGCAUCCGGAGAUUGUUGCACACAUGGACCUAGUGAGACAAGAUCUCCAUUUGGAACCUUUUUAUUGGAAACUUCCUGAACAAUUUGAAGGGAAGAAGCUGAUGGCCUAUGGGGGCAAACUCAAGUACACAAUCUAUUUUGAGGCUCGGGAAGAGACAGGUUUCUCUACAUACAAUCCUCAAGUCAUCAUUCGAGGUGGGACCCCUACUCAUGCUAGAAUCAUCGUCAGGCAUAUGGCUGCUCCUCUCAUUGGUCAAUUGACAAGGCAUGAAAUUGAAAUGACAGAGAAAAAAUGGAAAUACUAUGGUGAUGAUCCUCGAAUCAGUAGAACUGUGACCCGUGAAGACUUCUUGGAUAUACUGCAUGAUAUUCAUUAUAUUCUUAUCAAGGCCACUUAUGGAAACAUCAUGAGACAAAGCAGGAUUUCUGAAAUCUCAAUGGAGGUAGCUGAGCCAGGACAUGUAACAGCCGCAACUCCUCCAGCUCACUUGAUUGAAAAAUGUGAUUGUCCCCCGGGCUAUUCUGGCUUGUCCUGUGAGGCAUGCUUGCCAGGAUUUUAUCGACUGCGCUUGGAACCAGGUGGCCGCACCCCGGGACCGACCCUGGGCACUUGUGUUCCAUGUCAGUGUAAUGGACACAGCAGCCUGUGUGAUCCCGAAACAUCAAUAUGCCAGAAUUGUCAACAUCACACUGCUGGUGACUUCUGUGAACGAUGUGCUCUUGGAUACUAUGGAAUUGUCAAAGGAUUGCCAAAUGACUGUCAGCGAUGUGCCUGCCCUCUGAUUUCUUCCAGCAACAAUUUCAGCCCUACUUGUGUUUCUGAAGGCCUCGAUGAUUACCGCUGCACUGCUUGUCCACGAGGAUAUGAUGGCCAGUACUGUGAAAGGUGUGCCCCUGGCUAUACUGGCAGUCCCAGCAGCCCCGGAGGCUCCUGCCAAGAAUGUGAGUGUGACCCCUCUGGUUCUCUGCCUGUGCCCUGUGAUCCCAUCACAGGACUCUGCACGUGCCGACCCGGAGCCACGGGAAGGAAGUGUGACGGCUGCAAGCACUGGCAUGCACGCGAGGGCAGGGAGUGUGUUUUCUGUGGCGAUGAGUGCACAGGCCUUCUUCUCGGUGACUUGGCUCGCCUGGAGCAGAUGGUCACGAGCAUCAACCUCACCGGCCCGCUGCCUGCUCCAUAUAAAAUGCUGUAUGGUCUUGAAAACAGGACGCAGGAGCUAAAGCACUUGCUGUCCCCACAGCGAGCCCCAGAGAGGCUCAUUCAGCUGGCAGAGGGCAAUCUGAACACACUUGUGACAGAAAUGAAUGAGCUUCUGACCAGGGCUACCAAAGUGACAGCAGAUGGCGAGCAGACUGGACAGGAUGCUGAGAGGACCAACACAAGAGCAAAGUCCUUAGGAGAAUUCAUUAAGGAGCUUGCCCGGGAUGCAGAAGCUGUAAAUGAAAAAGCUAUAAAACUAAAUGAAACUCUAGGAACCCAAGAAAAAGCCUUUGAGAGAAAUCUGCAAGAGCUUCAGAAGGAGAUUGAUCAGAUGAUGCAAGAACUGAGGAGGAAAAAUCUAGAUGCACAGAAGGAGGUGGCUGAAGAUGAGUUGGUAGCUGCAGAAGGCCUUCUAAUGAAGGUGAGGAAGCUGUUUGGAGAGUCCAGGGGGAAAAAUGAAGAAAUGGAGAAGGAUCUUCGGGAGAAGCUAGCUGACUACAAAAACAAACUCGAUGACGCUUGGGACCUGUUGAGAGAAGCUAUGGAUAAAAUCAGAGAAGCCAAUCGCUUAUCUGUGGAAAACCAGAAAAACAUGACAGCUUUGGAGAAAAAGAAGGAGGCUGUUGAAAGUGGCAAACGACAAAUUGAGAACACUUUAAAGCAGGGCAAUGACAUACUCGGUGAAGCCCACCGUCUUGCGGAUGAAAUCAACUCAGUCAUUGAUUAUGUUGAAGACAUUCAGACUAAAUUGCCACCUAUGUCUGAAGAGCUUAAAGACAAAAUAGAUGACCUUUCCCAAGAAAUAAAGGACAGGAAGCUUGCUGAGAAGGUGUCCCAGGCUGAGAGCCAUGCGGCUCAGUUGAAUGACUCCUCUGCUGUCCUCGAUGGAAUCCUUGAUGAGGCUAAAAACAUCUCCUUCAAUGCCACUGCAGCCUUCAAAGCUUACAGCAAUAUUAAAGACUAUAUCGACGAGGCUGAGAAAGUUGCCAAAGAAGCCAAAGGUCUCGCACAUGAAGCUACACAACAGGCAACAGGUCCUCGGGGUUUAUUAAGGGAAGAUGCUAAAGGUUCUCUUCAGAAGAGCUUCGGGAUUCUUAAUGAAGCCAAGAAGUUAGCUAAUGAUUUGAAAGAAAACGAUGACCGUCUAAAUGGCUUGAAAACCAGGAUAGAAAAUGCUGAUGUUAGGAGUGAGGAUCUCCUGAGAACUUUGAACGACACUUUGGGAAAGCUAUCAGCCAUUCCAAAUGACACAGCCGCUAAACUGCAAGCUGUUAAGGACAAAGCCAGACAAGCCAACGACACAGCUAAAGAUGUCCUGGCACAGAUUAAAGACCUCCACCAGAACCUUGAUGGCCUGAAGAAAAAUUACAAUCAACUAGCAGACAGCGUCGCCAAAACGAAUGCCGUGGUAAAAGAUCCUUCCAAGAACAAAAUCAUUACAGAUGCAGACGCCACUGUGAAAAAUCUAGAACAAGAAGCUGAUCGACUGAUAGAUAAACUCAAACCCAUCAAGGAACUUGAGGACAACCUGAAGAAAAACAUCUCUGAGAUAAAGGAACUGAUCAACCAAGCCCGGAAACAAGCCAAUUCUAUCAAAGUAUCUGUGUCUUCAGGAGGUGACUGCAUUCGAACGUACAAGCCCGAAAUCAAGAAAGGAAGUUACAAUAAUAUUGUCAUCAACGUAAAGACAGCUGUUGCUGACAACCUCCUGUUUUAUCUUGGAAGUGCCAAAUUUAUUGACUUUCUGGCCAUAGAAAUGCGUAAAGGUAAAGUGAGUUUUCUGUGGGAUGUUGGGUCUGGAGUCGGACGUGUAGAGUAUCCGGAUUUGACUAUUGAUGACUCAUAUUGGUACCGUAUUGAAGCAUCGAGAACUGGGAGAAAUGGAACUAUUUCUGUGAGAGCCCUGGAUGGACCCAAAGCCAGCAUUGUACCUGGCACGUACUACUCAGCAUCUCCUCCGGGGUACACUAUUCUAGAUGUGGAUGCAAAUGCAAUGCUGUUUGUUGGCGGCUUGACUGGGAAAAUAAAGAAGGCUGAUGCUGUACGAGUGACUACAUUCACUGGCUGUAUGGGAGAAACAUACUUUGACAACAAACCCAUAGGCUUGUGGAAUUUCCGAGAAAAAGAAGGUGAUUGCAAAGGAUGUACUGUCAGUCCUCAGGUGGAAGAUAGUGAGGGGACAAUUCAGUUUGAUGGAGAAGGCUACGCACUGGUCAGCCGCCCCAUUCGCUGGUACCCCAACAUCUCCACUGUCAUGUUCAAGUUUAGGACAUUUUCUUCAAGUGCUCUCCUGAUGUAUCUUGCCACACGAGACCUGAAAGAUUUCAUGAGUGUAGAGCUUGCUGAGGGGCACGUAAAAGUCAGUUAUGAUCUGGGUUCGGGAAUGGCUUCCGUUGUCAGCAAUCAAAACCAUAAUGACGGGAAAUGGAAAUCAUUCACCCUGUCAAGAAUUCAAAAACAAGCCAACAUAUCCAUUGUAGACAUAGAUACUAACCAGGAGGAGAACAUGGCAACGUUGUCUUCUGGAAACAACUUUGGUCUUGACUUGAAAGCAGAUGACAAAAUAUAUUUUGGUGGCCUGCCAACGCUGAGAAAUUUGAGUAUGAAAGCAAGGCCAGAAGUAAAUCUGAAGAAAUAUGCCGGCUGCCUCAAAGAUAUUGAAAUCUCAAGAACUCCAUACAAUAUACUCAGUAGCCCUGAUUAUGUUGGCGUUACCAAAGGGUGUUCCCUUGAGAAUGUUUACACAGUUAGCUUCCCUAAGCCUGGUUUUGUGGAGCUUUCCCCUGUGCCAAUUGAAGUAGGAACAGAAAUCAACCUGUCCUUCAGCACCAAGAAUGAGUCCGGUAUCAUCCUCUUGGGAAGUGGAGGGGCACCGAGGAGAAAGCGAAGGCAGACUGGACAGGCCUAUUAUGCAAUAUUCCUCAACAAGGGCCGUCUGGAAGUGCAUCUCUCCACGGGGACACGAACAAUGAGGAAAAUUGUCGUCAAACCAGAGCCGAGUCUGUUUCAUGAUGGGAGAGAACAUUCGGUUCAUGUAGAGAGAACCAGAGGGUAA